GAGUUCCUCCUUACACCGAUACAAAAUUCCAGAGGAAGAGCGCGUUCCGCCCUGGUUUCGCAUGUGAGCAACACCAAAUAUAUAUCAGUUGUUCUCAAAAAAUUCGAUGUGCAAUAGAAGAUUAUGUUUGAGGAAAGCUAUUUAGGACAUGUCGCGAGUUGCCGGAACUCAAAUUAUAUGGGCAAUUAGUUCAUGAAAUGGUUAAAUCAGUCAUUUAAGGAAAACGUUUCGAGCCCUGAUUCAAGGUAAAUGAACGGUUCUCAAGAUUUGGAAUGCCGAAGUUCACACUAAUCAUUGGCUUGAAAUGUGGUGAAUUGCCUAGAGGGUCUACUUCUGACAACAUUGUAGAGAAAGCCCAACUACGGGACAAAAUGUUUAUCAAUAGAGAACGGAUAAUUUGUAAUGAUCUAGAGAAGGUUUUCCUAAACUGUGGCAACCAUAAUGAUCUUUACAAACUUGGGUUGGCACUAAUUAUUGAAGGGGUUUUCAAUUCGAGAGGCCGAAAUAUGGGGAUUCAUACUGAGACUCUUUCCAUUGUGGACGACUUAGAUUUCUUCAAUGCCUACCCAUGGGGGAUUGUGUGUUUUAAACUUCUCAUCAAAUCACUGCUCCGUGGAUGGGAGAGAAAGGCGGACUUGGCAAAGGUUAACGAUUGUGAUAAGAUAUCUUACACGGUGUACAGGUUCUCUCUUACUAUUCAGUUGUGGGUGUACGAGGCAAUCCGGGAGUUGGGAGCAAGGUUAGUGAUGACCUUCUAAGGAUGUUACAGUGGUCUACCACAAGACAGCCUCAAUCGAGAACAUAUUCAGACUUCUUCGACAAAACACAUGUAAGCAUUUACAUAUACAAUUGCCCUUACGCUUGUAGCAUAUACCACAAAUUUACUUGACAAGACACUUUUCCUCCCUUUUGCAAUUGCACUUGUUGGCAAUGCUAUCGCCUACCGCUGAAGAAGAAUUGCAACCAUACUUUGCUAAUUUAAUUUAAUUGGACGAUGUUGAUGAUCCCAUUCUCGAUAGUCUCAUCGUUCAAUCAACUGAAAUACAAGAUUGUCCACCAUCUGGCGAACUGAUAUGCAAUGAAGAUAAUAGUAAUCAAUCCAACAAAUGUAGGAGAGGUAACACAACUCAGAUUCGUCUUAGGGAUUUCAGUAACGAGGAAGAUGCAGAGAAAGAGUCUCCUUCUCACAUUUAGCUAAGACUUCUCACAUACACUCACUUCCACACUUUUAGCUAAGACUUCUCACAUGCACUCACUUCCACACUUUUAGCUAGAGUCUCCUUCUCACAUUCACUCCCCAUCUACACAUUUAGCUAGAGUUCAUUCUCACAAUCACUCUCCACAUGUUUAACUAAAGUCUCAUUCUCACAUUCAUUCUCAAACACCUUUAGUUGGAAAGAUUUUUACACAUGCAGUUGGAAAAGGUGCUCAUUUGGCCGGAAAAGCUAAACAAUUCAAGAUCAGUAUAGGUCGUCCAUGGAUGGGGUGUAACUAUUUAUUAAUUUCAUGCUCAUUUUUAGGCAAUCGCUGUUAUCUUUUUCUCGUCAAUAUUCCUAAAUGGAAAUUUCAAAUAUGCGACUGGAACAAUAAUGUUCACAUACUAGAUGUAGUCAAGGCACACGGAAAAGCAACAUUCACUAGGUUCAAGCAUUAUUGUGGUCUUCACUCCUUUUCACCAGACAAAAUAUAAAGAAACAUAGAAACAAACAAAUAAAGCAGGAGAUUAUACCUUAUCUCCCAUGUACGAACAAUGGGUGACCGUUUCAACAGCUUGUUAUUUAAUAUAAUAUUUAAUUUCUC